CAUCAAAUCCAUCUUUUCAUUCCAACCCAUCUCAGAUCUCUUUCUCUCUACUUACACAUUUGCACUUUCAGUUUCAUCAUCCAUCCAUCAUGAAGAUCCCAUUUCUCUCCAGAAACCAACACUCAUCAUCCCCACCAGAAGAUCAAGAUCACAUUUUCAAGACAGUAAACUCAAUUUUCUUCUACCAAGAAGACGACUCCUCCACAUCUUUCACCAACUCAUCAUCCCAAUCCGCAAGGUUAUCACUAGAAGACGAAGAAUCAUAUGAUAACAUGGACACAAUGAUCAUAGGCGGGUUGAACUCGGAGAGACUGUUCUACGAUCCCCAUGGCACCAGAUCGCUACUUAGAGUUAGAGAACCAAAAACAGUACUGCCUUUCGAGGAGGAAAGCGUAGCCUUGGCCAUGGAGUCUGCCGAUCCAUACAGAGAUUUCAGGAAAUCAAUGGAGGAGAUGAUGGAAAUUCAUGGAUUGAAAGAUUGGGAUAGCUGGGAAGAGUUGUUGGGAUGGUAUUUGAGGAUGAACGGUAAGAUCAACCAUGGGUUUAUUGUUGGAGCUUUUAUAGAUCUUCUUGUUAGGAUGUCCCCGGCCCAAAGUUCUGAUUCUGAUUCUACUACCUCUAUUUCUUCUUCUUCUCGAUCUCCAGUUACGAGACAGAAAGAGAAAUUAACAAGACCAAAAUGAUAAUGUAAUAAUAAUAAAUAGUGUGUAUGUGUGUUGCUGAACCAAUCUCAUUGUAUAAAACAGACUAUGAAUUUGAUUUGACUGAUCAAUCAUGUAAAUUAAUUAGUACUAAUCUCGAUGUAUAUAAUAUGGGUUUUUGGAAAU